GCUUCCUACUGGCUUCUGACUUGCUAUUUGGAAUAUAAUCUUUUUCCUGUUCAACCGUGUUCUGAUUUGGGGACUUGUCGAGUGAAUCGGUGUCCGAGAAUACUAAGCAAUAGGAAUAGCUGGGUCAUUAACCGUAAGAAGAAACAGAGUUAUAACAGUGGUGACGGCGAUGGGAUGGAAAACAAAUUCAAGAUGCUCAUAUCAGAUGACCAGCUUAACCGAAUACUACAACAACAGCAAGCACAACUUGAUGCACAAAUGCGGUUGUUGGAGACUCUGACUCAACAGCUUAACAUCCACUGCUCGAAUUCACAUGCUAUUUCAAGUACGUCUUGCGAUGCAGUUGCUAGCAGCAUCCCAGAAUUCAUCUAUGAUCCCGAAAGUGGAAAUACUUUUCUCACGUGGUUCAAACGUUGGGAAGAUACAUUUAGAACAGAAUUCUGUAACCAAGACGAUGCGUGGAAGACCCGAUUGUUGGUACGUAAGUUGGGAAGCAGUGAACAUGCACGUUUUGCUGACCAUAUAUUGCCAAAGUUACCUCGAGAGCUCAGUUUCGAGGAGACGGUAUUUCAGUUGUCAGAGAUAUUCGGCGAGUCAUCCUCGUUGUUUAGUAUUCGAUAUCGGUGUCUAAAUUUGGUGAAACGCGAAGCUGAUGAAUAUGGUGUUCUAGCAGACAUUGUCAACAGAGCAUGUGAACGUUUCAAGUUACGCUCGUUGACGGAUGACAAAUUUAAAUGCUUAAUAUUCAUCAAAGCUCUUCAGUCACCACAAGAUGCUGAGAUCAGGACGAGACUUUUAGCUCGACUGGAUCAAGACCCAAACGUCACACUCAGAACAUUGACAGAUGAGUGUAAGCGUCUACAAAGCAUCAGACACGACAACGAAUUGAUUGAACAGGUUAAAAGUUCAGAAGCCGGUAACAACUCGUAACAAACCAAGGACUGCAUGCUGGUUAUGCGGUGAUUGGCAUUAUGCACGAUUCUGUCCAUUCAAGAAGCACAAAUGUCAGGAGUGCAACAAACGUGGACAUAAAGAAGGUCAUUGUCCACCGAAGCGUACGUCUCAGCCUAAGAAGAAGCAUAAACGUCCUCGACAUGUGAAAUCAGCCGAGUCUAAAUCUCUUUCUCUGGUAGCUGCUUUUCAAACAAACUAUGACAUUCAGAGAAAGUAUGUUACCAUCCAGAUAAACGGCAUAUCAGCUCGUCUUCAAAUUGACACGGCAUCAGAUAUCACGUUAGUGUCUAGAGAAACGUAUAACUUGCUGGGUAAACCGCCAAUGAAGCCAUCUAAGAAAACGGCUAAAAACGCAUCAGGUGGUGUGCUAAAACUGGUUGGUGAAUUACAGUGUGAAUUUUCCUUCAAUGGAGCUAACUGUACAGGAAUAUGUUACCUAACAGAACGGCCAAACCUUGAUCUUCUUGGUCUAGAUAUGUUAGACAAACUUAGAAUAAUGGAUGUACCAAUUAACAGUGUCUGUAACGUAUCUCGUUCAUCAUUGGACACCCCAGUUCUUCCAAAGACAGGUGAUAGGUUACUAGGAAAACCGAAAAGAAAGAUACGUACACAUUUCGAUGUCAUCCGUCCUACGCCAGCUAUUGAACCCCAACGAAACCUAUCGAUGGAGAAUCAGUUUAACCGACAUCAUGGGGCACAAAGACGAUUGUUCACGGUGGGACAAAAAGUGCUUGCUAUGGACUAUCGUGGGAAACACCCUACAUGGACAGCUGGUCGGAUCUUGAAAAAGAAGGGGAGUGUGGUUUACGAGGUGUCAGUUGGCUCGGAAGUUUGGGUGCGUCAUGCUAACCAAUUGAAAGCAACCUCGAUAGCCAGCAACAAGAUUCAAUAUCGAUUACCUCUUGAUGUUCUGCUAGACACCUUUGAAAUCAAAACGCCGGGAAUAGACACAUCAGUUUCUGUGCAAGAAAAGAGUGAUACUUCUUUAUUGCCUAGACGAUGGACUAAUCGAAAGCACAGGCCAGUCACUCGGUUGCAGUUGGACCCUAGCACCAGAUCCUACGAAUCUGCUCAGAGGGGAGGUGUUAGCGGGACACAGACUAGAUUAAAGCAUGCUCAAUGCAUGAUUGUUUUGGUGCACGCUGAUUGGCUGAUUCUUAUCCAAUCAGCACUAGUCGAUAGUCGGAGAAUAUUCUGGAAUCUUCUUAUGUAAAAACUAUAAAUAUACCGAUGUUUUCCCCUAUUGUGCUUCCUACUGGCUUCUGACUUGCUAUUUGGAAUAUAAUCUUUUUCCUGUUCAACCGUGUUCUGAUUUGGGGACUUGUCGAGUGAAUCGGUGUCCGAGAAUACUAAGCAAUAGGAAUAGCUGGGUCAUUAACCGUAAGAAGAAACAGAGUUAUAACAGUGGUGACGGCGAUGGGAUGGAAAACAAAUUCAAGAUGCUCAUAUCAGAUGACCAGCUUAACCGAAUACUACAACAACAGCAAGCACAACUUGAUGCACAAAUGCGGUUGUUGGAGACUCUGACUCAACAGCUUAACAUCCACUGCUCGAAUUCACAUGCUAUUUCAAGUACGUCUUGCGAUGCAGUUGCUAGCAGCAUCCCAGAAUUCAUCUAUGAUCCCGAAAGUGGAAAUACUUUUCUCACGUGGUUCAAACGUUGGGAAGAUACAUUUAGAACAGAAUUCUGUAACCAAGACGAUGCGUGGAAGACCCGAUUGUUGGUACGUAAGUUGGGAAGCAGUGAACAUGCACGUUUUGCUGACCAUAUAUUGCCAAAGUUACCUCGAGAGCUCAGUUUCGAGGAGACGGUAUUUCAGUUGUCAGAGAUAUUCGGCGAGUCAUCCUCGUUGUUUAGUAUUCGAUAUCGGUGUCUAAAUUUGGUGAAACGCGAAGCUGAUGAAUAUGGUGUUCUAGCAGACAUUGUCAACAGAGCAUGUGAACGUUUCAAGUUACGCUCGUUGACGGAUGACAAAUUUAAAUGCUUAAUAUUCAUCAAAGCUCUUCAGUCACCACAAGAUGCUGAGAUCAGGACGAGACUUUUAGCUCGACUGGAUCAAGACCCAAACGUCACACUCAGAACAUUGACAGAUGAGUGUAAGCGUCUACAAAGCAUCAGACACGACAACGAAUUGAUUGAACAGGUAAAUCCUAAUUUAACCUGCGGUAGUGUAAAUACUAUUACUAGGUUAAAAGUUCAGAAGCCGGUAACAACUCGUAACAAACCAAGGACUGCAUGCUGGUUAUGCGGUGAUUGGCAUUAUGCACGAUUCUGUCCAUUCAAGAAGCACAAAUGUCAGGAGUGCAACAAACGUGGACAUAAAGAAGGUCAUUGUCCACCGAAGCGUACGUCUCAGCCUAAGAAGAAGCAUAAACGUCCUCGACAUGUGAAAUCAGCCGAGUCUAAAUCUCUUUCUCUGGUAGCUGCUUUUCAAACAAACUAUGACAUUCAGAGAAAGUAUGUUACCAUCCAGAUAAACGGCAUAUCAGCUCGUCUUCAAAUUGACACGGCAUCAGAUAUCACGUUAGUGUCUAGAGAAACGUAUAACUUGCUGGGUAAACCGCCAAUGAAGCCAUCUAAGAAAACGGCUAAAAACGCAUCAGGUGGUGUGCUAAAACUGGUUGGUGAAUUACAGUGUGAAUUUUCCUUCAAUGGAGCUAACUGUACAGGAAUAUGUUACCUAACAGAACGGCCAAACCUUGAUCUUCUUGGUCUAGAUAUGUUAGACAAACUUAGAAUAAUGGAUGUACCAAUUAACAGUGUCUGUAACGUAUCUCGUUCAUCAUUGGACACCCCAGUUCUUCCAAAGACAGGUGAUAGGUUACUAGGAAAACCGAAAAGAAAGAUACGUACACAUUUCGAUGUCAUCCGUCCUACGCCAGCUAUUGAACCCCAACGAAACCUAUCGAUGGAGAAUCAGUUUAACCGACAUCAUGGGGCACAAAGACGAUUGUUCACGGUGGGACAAAAAGUGCUUGCUAUGGACUAUCGUGGGAAACACCCUACAUGGACAGCUGGUCGGAUCUUGAAAAAGAAGGGGAGUGUGGUUUACGAGGUGUCAGUUGGCUCGGAAGUUUGGGUGCGUCAUGCUAACCAAUUGAAAGCAACCUCGAUAGCCAGCAACAAGAUUCAAUAUCGAUUACCUCUUGAUGUUCUGCUAGACACCUUUGAAAUCAAAACGCCGGGAAUAGACACAUCAGUUUCUGUGCAAGAAAAGAGUGAUACUUCUUUAUUGCCUAGACGAUGGACUAAUCGAAAGCACAGGCCAGUCACUCGGUUGCAGUUGGACCCUAGCACCAGAUCCUACGAAUCUGCUCAGAGGGGAGGUGUUAGCGGGACACAGACUAGAUUAAAGCAUGCUCAAUGCAUGAUUGUUUUGGUGCACGCUGAUUGGCUGAUUCUUAUCCAAUCAGCACUAGUCGAUAGUCGGAGAAUAUUCUGGAAUCUUCUUAUGUAAAAACUAUAAAUAUACCGAUGUUUUCCCCUAUUGUGCUUCCUACUGGCUUCUGACUUGCUAUUUGGAAUAUAAUCUUUUUCCUGUUC